UGGGGCGCGCCGCGAGCGUCGCCGCGUGGACCCGGUGGGCCGGCCGGCGGGGACGCGACGGUCGACGCCCGGUCCCCGGAUGCGCACGGUGGAGUUCCUGUGGGAUCAGCAGAUGCGUAAAUACCAGUUACGGAAGGGAACGAGCCCAGUUAAAGGGGACAGGGCGGGCGACGUCGCCGGCUCCACUGCACGGAUGGAGCGCACUAGCACUCGAGGCGCAUGCGCAUUGCAUAGCCCCGCUGUGGUCGUCGAAAACGCAGCCAAUCCGAGGCGGUGUGCAUCCUCGAACGACCCCGCUAUAUAAACCCGAGCGUAUGCCCGACCUAGCAACCCUCUUCGGCCUUCUCAUUCACCCGCUUCUCCGUAACGCCCCGCUACGCCCAACAUGUUCGCAAAGACCUCUCAAAUCGUCCUCGGUCUCCUCUGCGCUGCCGCAGUCGAGAAGCGUGACCUGAGCAGUGUCGUUAACUCGAUCACCUCGGCGGUCGGGUCGGAAGCUACCCAGGCUACCUCCGCUGCCGGUUCUCUCUUCACCGACGCCACCUCUUGGGGUAGUAGCGCUGCUAGCGAUGCGACGUCUUGGGGCGCCAGCGCCGCAAGCGCUGCUACUUCGCUCGGAGGUAGCGUUGCGAGCGCAGCCACCUCGCUGGGAGGCAGCGUAGCUAGUGAAGCCACCUCGUUUGCAGGCAGCAUUGCUACCGAGGUUACCUCUAUCGGCGGGCAAGCUUACACCAUAGUCACUUCCAAGGGUGGUGAAGCCAUCACACUCGCGACCAGUGGUGCUGGCGUCGCCACCAGCUUCGCAGGGUCUCAGUACACGGAGGCCACUGCUGCUGCUGCCGCUGCGUCGACAUCGAACGCUGCUCUUGGCAUGCACUCAGUCACAGUAUCGGCGCCGCUACUUACCUCCUUGCUUGUUGCUUUCAGUGGAGUAUUCGUUGGUGCUUGGGUUACACUCUGAGCUCGUCGUUGCUGCAUAACUUAAUUCCUCGCGCCCCAACGUUCUGCGCACGAUAUAUACCUUACAUUUCGAUUUUCACAACCUACUAGACAUCUUGCAUCAAUGAUGAAAUCGUUCUCUUUGCAUCGACGCGUAU